AUGAGCACACAUAGUUCACAUCAACGAAAACAAAAAGGACAGAACCAAUUUAAAGGUAUGGAGUGCGAAAAGAGCUUCUCUUUCAAUGCAACACUUAGAACACACCAGCGGACUCACAGAGAGAGAAAACGUUUUAAGUGCAGGGAGUGUGGGAAGAACUUCAGUCAUAGUGGACACCUCAAUAUACAUCAACGGUCACACACAGGGGAGAAACCAUAUAAAUGUAUGGAGUGUGAAAAGAGCUUUAGUGAUAGUGGAACCCUAAGAAGACAUCAACGGACUCACACAGGGGAGAAACCAUUUAAAUGUAUGGAGUGUGAAAAGAGCUUUAGUGAUAGUGGAAAGCUGAGAUCACAUGAACGGACUCACACAGGGGAGAAACCAUAUGAAUGUAUGGAGUGUGGAAAGGUUUUCAGUCAGAAUGGAAGCCUUAGAUCACAUCAACGGACUCAUACAGGGGAGAAACCAUUUAAAUGCAUGGAGUGUGGAAAGAGCUUCAAUCAGAGUGGAAACCUUAGAAAUCAUCAACGGACUCACACAGGGGAGAAACCAUUUAAAUGCAUGGAGUGUGGAAAGAGCUUUAGUGAUAAUGGAAACCUUAGAAAUCAUGAACGGAUUCACACAGGGGAGAAACCAUAUAAAUGUAUCGAUUGUGGAAAGAGAUUUAGUGAUAAUGGAAACCUUAAAAAACAUCAACGGUCUCACACAGGGAUGAAACCAUUUAAAUGCAUGGAGUGUGGAAAGAGCUUCAGUCAGAGUGGAGACCUUAGAAAUCAUCAACGGACUCACACAGGGGAGAAACCAUAUAAAUGUAUGGAGUGUGGAAAGAGCUUUAGGGUUAAUGGACACCUUAGACAACAUCAACAGACUCACACGGGAUAA